AGAAAAACAGGCGUUAUUAAUGUCGUACUAUGCACCGUGUGAUGCUGUAAACAAGAUUUUCACGGACAGAUCUGUGAAGAGAUCCACUGUUUUUGGUGUAGCUAAUGUUUACGAAAGCACAAAAUGCAAACGCUCCGGGAGGAACAGGGUCCCCCUCUUCCUCUGUCGUCUCUGCGUCUUUUUGUUCCGCCACUGCGGCUGGUGUGUGCAGCUCUGUGGCAGGUGAUCGAGCGGAGAGACAUCAUGGACUAUGGGCUGCUGGAGGAGUUUGCCACCACCGUGUUGGAAAUAGUCCCGGAGCUAAUGAGUUACAGAGAGAGGGUCCAACUCCUCCUGGGACUAAGAGCACGGCUGGUCCUAGAGUUAUGUCGCUGUGAUGAUGAGUUGUGUCGCCCUGACACCGUUCAGCCACACCUGAACAGGAUGAGGAGCUGUGUCUCCAAUCAUAAGGGAGAGGUUUCAGAUCCAAAUGUGGAAGCAUCAGAGGCGAGCUUCACGAAGCUGAUUGAAACUCUAAUGGAGGAGCCAAAGGAGAGGGAACUCUUCUUCCAGAAUGUUUUUCCAGAGGAGUUUGGCCCCAAGUAUGACUCAACACUGCAGAUUCUGGUGUGGGAGUUCCUGUCCAGACUGGAGAAACUGUUUCCUCCUCCAGACAUUAAACAGACUGCAUCGUGGCUCAACCUGGCCCCUGCUCUCUUAGAGGAGUGUGUGCAGUCUGUGGCUCACCCUGAGCCAUUACAGGCACUCCUCCAUCACCAUAAAAAUGGAAAACAGUUAGACACCAAUGCUCUAAGGUCCACUGGUGGUGACUACAUCCUCUCUUCACUGUCUUCCCCUUCCUCUGUGAAGGAAGAAAGUGCCUCUUACCAAGCUGGCCCAGAGAGACAGUCCUAUCCCACCAUGCAGGGAUAUCAAAGCCCUUUCCCCUGUGAUGAACCAGAGAUGAGCUGGGACUGCCGAAUGGCAGAUUGUAGGGUCUGGACUGUAAAGCCACCAGCUGGUUCUGCUUCUGUGGAGGUCGAGGUCGAGACUAUAGACGACGCCACUGAUAUAAUGGUUAAACGCAAGACGAUCGUCAAAGAGUCGAUCAAAGAGACUAGGAGAGAAGAAGCUGUUCUCUGCCCUCAGACACGCAGCGGGCUGAAAACCAGCCGCUUGACAGCUGCCUGUCUGCGCCGUCAGCCUGUACUGCGUUUGAACAGGCUUGACAUUCGCAAUAUGCCGUUCCCCAAGUCCUUGCUAACACUGAUUCUAAGGAGGGGGAGACUGCAGGCUGAGACCAGACGCCCAGGACCGAAAGGAAGAGGCAGAAAGAAAAAACGGAGACGAGGACGUGGUGUUGCAGACGAGCAGAUUGAAACAGACACACUGGAUGUAAGCGAUACGCCGCCACCCAAGUCAUCACUAACACUGACCCUAAAGAGAGGGAUAGUGCAGGCUGAGGCGACGAGUUCCCAGGUACGGAAAAAGAGAGGCAGAAAGAAAGGACAGAAAAUGGGACCUGGUAUCACAAGAUUAAAGAUUGAAAAGGUUGGAGUACAUACGCUUGACAUUAGCGAUAUGUCAUUGCCCAAGACCUCGCUAAAGCUGAUCAUAAGGAGAGGGAAGCUGCAGGCCGAGGCAACGGACAGAAAAGAUGGACAGAAAAGAAGAGGCAGAAAGAAAAAAUGGAAGAGAGGACGUGGUGUCAGAAAUGAGAAGACUGAAGCAAAGGGUGUGAAAAGAGAGCGGUCACCUGAAACGGAGGAAGAUGCCGAACCAUCAGAUAAUGAACUUUGGACCACUGUCAAUAAAGGGGCCACUGUCGAUGAGUCUGGUGGAGUCCGUCCUUCUCCUCAUUGUCCAUCAUCUCAUAAGAGGGAGGAGGAAUUGCAACAGCCCAUACAGAACUUUCACUCAGAGGAGCACAGUGGUCAUAUGGCCAAAGGGCAGAACAGAGAGGAACGCUCAGAGAGUGUACCUCAGGACUCUCUAACUCCUGAGCCAUCCAAGAGCUCUCACAAAAGAAGCUUUCGCUCAGAGCAGCACAGAGGACAUAUGGCAGAAGGGCAGAACAGAAAAGAACGGUCAGAGAGUGUACCUCAGGACUCUCAAACUCCUGAGCCAUCCAACAGCUCUCACAAAAGAAGCCAACGCUCAGAGCAGCACAGAGGACAUAUGGCAGAAGGGCAGAACAGAGAGGAACGGUCAGAGAGUGUACCUCAGGACUCUCUAACUCCUGAGCCAUCCAACAGCUCUCACAAAAGAAGCCAACGCUCAGAGGAGCACAGUGGUCAUAUGGCCAAAGGGCAGAACAGAGAGGAACGCUCAGAGAGUGUACCUCAGGACUCUCUAACUCCUGAGCCAUCCAACAGCUCUCACAAAAGAAGCCAACGCGUCAAAGCAUGCUCUUUCUGUGGCAAGACUUUCACUGACACACUGGGCUUGACAAGACACAUGCGAUCUCACAUUGAGCAGAUGUCACAUCAAUGCACCCAGUGUGGGAUAGACUUCGAAUUCAGUGAGGACUUAGAGGAACACCAGAAUCAUGGCUGUGAGAUGAACAAAAAGGAUAAUAGUGAGGAAAAUGGUGAUGACUACUGUGGGAGAACUGUACAACAAAAACCUGAUCUGAAAAAAAAACCUGAUCUAAAAAGAGGCAAAAAACCUGAUCUGAAAGGAGGCAAAAACACUGAUCUGAAAGGAGACAAAAAACCUGAUCUGAAAGGAGACAAAAAACCUGAUCUGAAAGGAGACAAAAAACCUGAUCUGAAAGGAGACAAAAAACCUGAUCUGAAAGGAGACAAAAAACCUGAUCUGGAAGGAGACAAAAAACCUGAUCUGAAAGGGGACAAAACACCUGAUCUGAAAGGGGACAAAAAACCUGAUCUGGAAGGAGACAAAAAACCUGAUCUGAAAGGAGACAAAAAACCUGAUCUGAAAGGAGACAAAAAAACUGAUCUGGAAGCAGACAUAAAACCUGAUCUGGAAGGAGACAAAAAACCUGAUCUGGAAGGAGACAAAAAAUCUGAUCUGCAAGGAGACCUAAAACAACAUGUGAAAGGAGACACACAAGACUGCUCCAUAAAGUGCCAUGUGUGCGGGAAAAUAACUACUCGUAUGCUGGGUUUGCGAAGGCACCUUCUAAUUCACUUCAACAAUGGAGCAUACAAGUGUUCUGCGUGUCCAAAGACUUUUAUAUCCAAUGCUGAUUUGAGAUCGCACCUGAGAUCAAAAAGAUCUUGCAGGGAGAAAUGUUCUGAUGAAGUAAUUACUACCGGGCACCACCUCAAAUCUGUCCCUGGUGAGUACAAGUGUCCUUACUGUGGGGACACUUUCCAGCUCCCAGAUGAUCUGAGAGGACACACAAAAGACUGUUCCAGAAAGUGCCAUGUGUGUGGGAAAACUACUGCUCGAAUGCUGGAUAUGCGAAGGCACAUGUUAAAGCACAACAACAAUGGCCCAUACAAGUGCCCGGUGUGUCCAAGGACUUUUAUAUCCCAUACUGAUUUGAAGAUGCACCUAAAAACAAAAAAACUUUGUCGGGAGAAAUGUUCUGAUGUAAUGAUGAAUGAAUUACUCUCUUCAGCAGAUGGUAAAUGUAGGGAAAAUGUUAAUGAAGCAGGAGUCAUGACAAGGUGCCAACAACCAAGCUCUAACAACACAGCCAGGCCUUUGAAGAGCAUUGAAGAGUUCUUUGAAGAAUUCUCUCAUGACUUGCAGCAGUCCGAUAACAGCAUAAGUAGUGAAGUGAACCUGAAUAGCCUGAAUAGCCUCGACGAAGACUACAGUGACGAGAUCAGUCAAUACCAACCCAUGAAGGAUGUUGACCUGAAUUGCCUCCACGAAGACUCCAUCAUGACCACUGAAGACUACAGUGACGAGAUCAGUCAUUACCCACCCGUUAAGGACGUUGACUUGAAUACCCUCCAUGAAGACUACAGUCAGGCUGAGAUCAGUCAAUACCCACCCGUUAAGGACGUUGACCCAGUGGAGGACAGAAGGUCUGUGGAUGAUUCAGGGGGAAAUGAGAUGGCCAAUGACAAAGAACCAAACUCAACCGAAUGCUUAACAGAGGAGCAGGUGUCCCACACUGAGGCAUGCCCUCUCCAGGAUUCUCAAUCAGAGACGAGCGGAGAAGUGAAGAACGAGAUACAGAGAGGGAAACUGCAGGCUGAGGCAACGGGUUCCCAAGGACAGAAAAGAAGAGGCAGAAAGAGGAAAGAGAGAAGAGGACGUGGUGUCAGAAAUGAGAAGACCGAGGCAAAGGGUGUGAAAAGAGAGCACUCACCUGAGACUGAGGAAGAUGCUGAACCAUCAGAUAAAGAACUUUGGACCUCUGUCAAUGAAAGGACCACUGUCAAUGAUUCUGGUGGAGUCCGUCCUUCUCCUCAGUGUCCAUCAUCUCAUAAGAGGGAGGAGGAAUUGCAACAGCCCAUACAGAACUUUCACUCAGAGGAGCACAGUGGUCAUAUGGCCGAAGGGCAGAACAGAGAGGAACGCUCAGAGAGUGUACCUCAGGACUCUCUAACUCCUGAGCCAUCCAAGAGCUCUCACAAAAGAAGCUUUCGCUCAGAGCAGCACAGAGGACAUAUGGCAGAAGGGCAGAACAGAAAAGAAAGCUCAGAGAGUGUACCUCAGGACUCUCUAACUCCUGAGCCAUCCAACAGCUCUCACAAAAGAAGCCAACGUGUCAAAGCAUGCUCUUUCUGUGGCAAGACUUUCACUGACACACUGGGCUUGACAAGACACAUGCGAUCUCACAUUGAGCAGAUGUCACAUCAAUGCACCCAGUGUGGGAUAGACUUUGAAUCCAGUGAGGAUUUAGAGGAACACCAGAAGAGUAGCUGUGAGGAGAAGACGACUGAGGAUGGAGGGAACAAUAACGAGAACGGCGAGGACAAUGGGGAUGACUACUGUGGAGAAAAUAAGAGCAUGAGUAGUGGUGUGAACCUCUAUAGCCUCCACGAAGACUGCAGUGAUGAGAUCAGUCAAUACCAACCUAUGAAGGAUGUUGACUUGAAUAGCCUCCGCGAAGACUACUGUGAUGAGAUCAGUCAAUGCCAACACAUUAAGGACAUUGACGCAGAUGAGGACGAUAAGUCUUUGGAAGAUUCAGGGGGGAAUGAGAUGCCCAAUUGUCACACCCUGGACGAGAGGGGCUGUGACUAA